UCAAUAGUAAAUGAAAUAAAAGUAGUUUAAAUUUGGAAAGAAAGAGAAUCAAAGCAAUCCUUGCAACGUUCUUGUCUUCUCUCCUUCCGAUAUGACCCCUAAGAAGAGCCUUUUGGACUUCAUUUCUAAAGUUGAGCUCAUCGUCAAACCACAUUCUGGUCACUUCCACAUUCUCACUCUCAUCUUCCUCUUCCCCUUCUCCCUCUUCCUCCUCCUCUCUCCCACCAUCUCUAACCUUUUUCACUUCUUCACCAAAAACUCUCCCAGCCUUCUUCCACCACAAACCAUCAACCCCACCUUUCUCCUCUAUUCUCUCUUCCUUUUGCUUUUCUCCAACUCUGGAAUCAUCACCAUCAUCUAUAGUGUUUUCCACUUCUCCCAUGGCCAACCCGUUAACCUCCAAUCCACCAUAAAGUCCAUUUCCACUUCCUUCCUACCCCUCCUCGCCACCACCAUCGUUUCCCAACUCAUUUUCUUCUUCUUCUCUUUUAUCUACGGUCUUCUCUUGAUUCUUCUCAUUCACGGGGCCAAGCUUUUCCAACUAACGCUUCUUCCACACUCCUCACCCAUCUUCAUAGGAUUCUUAAUUCUUCUUCCUAUGAUAGUCGUGCAGACAUAUUUGGAAGUUAACUGGAUCCUAGCGAGUGUUAUUGUGGUGGUGGAAUCAUGUUGGGGUAUGGAGCCCCUGAGAAGAAGUGUGAAAUUGAUUAAGGGAAUGAAAGGAGUGGCCCUAUCUUGUAUCUUCUUGUAUGGAUCGGUGGGGUUGAUCGUGUUGUUGAACUACCUUUCUUUGACGAGGGUACAUGAUGGAUUUACAGAAAGUUGGUUUGAUGCGGUGUUGAAAUGGGUGCUGAUUCUGAUAGGUUCUUAUUCCCAGGCUAUUAUCAUGCUUUCUAAGGUUGCUGUUACUACAGUGUUGUACAUAUACUGCAAGGCAAAUAACUUUGAGAUUGCAGAGGAGUUUGGAAAGGAUUAUGAUGAUGGGAAAGUCUCGCUUGUUGUUUGAGCUAUGUGUAUUUAUUUUUGUUCCAUAGUUUAUCACCUAUCACUGAAA